UAAUGGCUACAUCAAAGCCAACUAUGUUGGAGAAGCUUGUAAGAAAUCUUGCUGUUUUAUAUCGUUACCACAUUGUGCAAAAAGGGCCGCGUCGUAUGGAAAUGCUUAAAAAGGUUUGGGAACGUGAACUGGCUCCACCAACGCCAAAAGAUUGGCCUCAGAUCAAACAAGAUUUUGCACUUUUGGUCAAAAAAAUCGAGACUGAGGCUUAUCGCGAGUUGAAAGUUAAGGAAUUUUUGGUUUAUUCUUUUGUUGGUUUGGAAGUUUUCCUUUGGUUCUUUGUUGGAGAGCAAAUUGGUCGGUGGAACAUGUCAGGCUAUGUUAUCCCAGCAACCUAUCUUGACCCGAAAGCAGUUAAAUUUAUGAAGAACUACAAGCCUGAAGACAAGACCGAAUUGGCUUAA